AUGGCGCAAAAAAUCCUGAUAAUAGCGAUUAACUUCGGGACGACUUUCAGCGGGAUAGCAUGGGCAUCUCCGACCAAUGCAGACGAGCCCGAGAUCAUCACCGCAUGGCCUGGAGGUGGUAACCGCACAUCCGACAAGAUCCCGCAGCACAAAGCAAAGUUGUCUAAGUUCAAACUAUUGCUAGACGAAAGUCAAGAUGACAGACGUCAAUGCGCUCAAGAAGCGAAGGCGCUUAUGGACAACCUCGAAAAAUCCGCGGUUGAUGUCUCGGCUGACUUCUUACGAGCCAUUUUUAGAGUGGCCAAACAACAGUUAGAACGUAGAUACAGCCUGGAGUUCGUAGAGUCUUCGACACUGCAAGCUAUAUUGACAGUACCGGCAGUCUGGUCUGAUAAGGCCAAAGAUGCAACACUAAAAGCAGCGAACAGGGCAGGUCUGGGGAAGUACGAGUUGACAAUGUUGUCCGAACCCGAAGCAGCAGCGCUCUACACCCUCAGAAGUAUUCGCCCAAAUGAUAUGAUGGUGGAUGAUGCGUUCGUAGUUUGCGAUGCCGGCGGUGGAACAGUCGAUUUGAUAACCUACCGGAUUAAAGCUGUAGACCCCCUUGAGCUUGCCGAAGUGGUUCCGGGUUCUGGGGGUCUAUGCGGCGGCGUCAUGCUUGACGCAGAGUUCGAAAACCUUGUCAAGAGGCUGCUCGGUACUAAGUGGGAUCAAAUCACUGCCAAAGAAAGAGGUGUUAUUAUGAAUGCCUGGAUUGAUGGGAUAAAGUGCAGCUUUGGGGGUGUUGACGAUGAUCUCGAUGAGACCGACAGCAGUGAAGCCGAUAGCUGUCAGCACGUAAGGGUCAAUAAUAGGGACGAGGACGACUGGAAGUAUACUCAGGAGGAUAAACGCCGUUUGGCAGGGAUGACCCCGAAUCCAGUUUUUGCAGCAGCCGCUCUUAAACACUGGGAUCUAAUAUAUCGAGAGUGGGAGAGCAGUGCAGAUGUUGUUCGAAGCUGGGGUGAUCCUAGAAGUCCACAACCAUGUUGGCGAGACGCUAGUAUUGGCGGCUGUUCGGUCGAGCCUCUCGAAAGUCCUUUCGAGCCUGCUGGAGAUACCGAUGACAGUGAUAGUGAUUCGGACGAGGACUUUGGAAGGUCUGGAGAUGUCUUUAUCGAUUUCUCGAAGUUUUAUAGGACCGUGUAA